UGUUGAUUCAUGAGCGACGAAGUUGACAGUGGAGGCUUUUACCAGCAGAUUGUUUUUCAUGUGAGAGAGACUUCCAUAGCAGGCAUAGAGUUUCUGGGGAAGCCAGGUCUUUGGGAAGUGCACUAUAUACUAGUUAGGUGGGCUUUCAACAUAGACAUGCGCCAGAGCACAGCUCAUGCCCAAGGAAAUAAUAUUAUAUUCAAUAACACUUCUUUUCACUUGCGAACACAUGUACAUUUACAUGGUGUACAAGUUUCACUUAAGACAAUACUGAUAUUUGUUUCCCACAUAGGUAGUCAUGAAGACAGAAAGGUGAAAUGGUUUCCAGGGGUGGGCAGUAUCAAAACCAAAGACUUGAAACGGACUUGUCUCCAGGGAGGGGGAAAAAUCUAGUUUCAAAUAUUCCUGCAACUCUUGUGCUGACCAAGUGUUUAUUAAUAGAAAUUGAAUCCCCAGUGGGUUUUUCUUUGGUGAACUGGUGAGCUGGAGAGAAAUAACAAUACCAAGAGAUUGACUGUAAAAUAAUUAUUCACCAGGGCCUGCUGGGCAGAAAUUUCUCAACAGGCAGCCUCUAUGGCGCCUUGGGGGGAAGAACGCAGGAAAAGGGCAGUGUGGAAGUCUGGCUGCAGCCUCUUUUCCUGAGCCGUGGUUAUCAGGUAGAGAGGUGAACCCACAGGGGCCUCUCUGUUGGUGCGGGACAGGGCUAUUGCAGCAAAAGCUGGACAUCAUGAAUUCUGAUCACAGAUGGCAGUUAUAUCUGCAUUUUUCUUGGUUGGUGUUUUCUUUUCUCAUUCAUCCAUCCAUUCAUUCAUUUUUUCCGUCAGUCUUCUGGGGGAAACUCUUUACUUCCACCAAGGUGCUACUUUGCCAGCUGGCAACCAUCUGGCAGAGGAAACGCUGGUCUUAAGCAGGUUCGUCAGCUCCAUUCUACUGGUGACAUGAAUUUUUCUACCUUGUUCUGCUGAAUAUAUAGUAAACACUCUUAAAGAUGAAAAUGUACUUGAAUUACACACACAUUUGAAGAGCGGAGGAGUCCCAGCCCAGAUACUAGCUGAGGGCUUUCUUUCCUCCUUUCUUUUUGUGUGGAGGUCGAGAACUCAGUAAUACUGGAGUCCAGGCCAAAACAAACUCUAUAUGAUCUACUACCGAUUUCCUUUUAAGUUCCUCUUUUUGCUAGGACUGACUUCCUUUUAUUUUACUCCAACUUGCAUUAAUCCCAGUUACAGAAGGUUUUUUCCUCUCUCCCUUGCUUCCAACUUCAAACAUUUCUUACAUAGGAAACAAGGGGCUUUAAAAAAAAGUCUACUUAAAAAAAUAUAAAGGAUACCAUGACUUUUGGAAUAUAUUUUGGCAGCCUGCAAUUGCAGAGUUCACUUCCGAACAGGGUUAGAUGGCGAGCUGAAAUGCCUACGUGACCACUGUGGUUGCUUUGAGCCAAACCACCUGCUUAUCUGAUCUCCUCUGGGAAUGAGGUGGUCAACACCUACAGUGGUUAUUUAAUAAUUAGAUGCUUUAUUUGUCAGAGGCCAUACAUUCCUUGACCAGCGCUGCCUCUUUCUGUGGGUUUUCACGAUGAAAGCUGGGUGUUGACCGAUUGCCCAAAGAGAUCAGAGUUGGAGCAUGCUUGGGUCCAGUAUUUUUAGCUCGGGUUCACAUUCUGUCUCCUCCCCAGCAGAGGAGUUAUUGUCAUUGCUGUCAUUGACUUCCAGUAAAAAGGUGGUGCCAGCCAAAGCUGACGGACGGAACCACUGAGGAACUUCAGCCAGCAGAAGGCAGGAUGUGGUUAAAAUUGUGCUCUGAUCCUAUCACUGGACUCAGGAAACCUAUUAGUAGGUUGGGGGGUUUCUAAAAGUCCUUCUCCCCUAUUGGUCCAUCCCAUCUUCUCUCCCUUCAAGAGGAUUUGCAAGCUGAGCUAUCAGGACCACCAAAACAAGAAGUGGGGCUCCUCCUGCAAUCUUGGCAUAGGAUUCUUAGCUGAACAGAACAUGUUGGGCAUCUUGCAUGUUUUAACUUUUCUGGAGACAGAGAAAGUCACAAUGCUUCCUGGAACAUGUUCUCUUUCACCUCCAGACUUGUCUGUAUUAUUAUUGUAUAAUGAUUACUUACUAUUAUUUAAAUGGUAGACGAUGAGCUUAGAGGCCAAAUAAUGCCAGGAUGCCUUCAAAGGGAUGCGGCAGGUGAGGUGGGAGCAUCAGGCAGGCCAGCAUCAGGCAUGUCUCUGAGCCUCACUCUUUCUCUGAUAAAUGGGGAUCAUCACUGUACCUGCCUCACAAAGUUGUGGGGCAUAUUGGGGAAUGUGUGAAAAGUACCGUGAAAAAUUUGAUAGAUUAGGAAAAAUUAAAAUUUAUGAUCUGUAUAGUCUUCAGAGAGCCAUUUUUAGGGCUUUACAACAUCCCUGUAAAGUUAGAAUGAUUGAGAUUAAUAUUUCCAUUUGGCAGAUGCGGAAACUGAGGUGCAGUGAGCUGAACUGAUUGGCUCAAGGUCUUAAAACUUACAGAGCAGCACUGUCCAAUAAAACCAAUGCAAACCAUAUUUAUAAUUUGGAGUUUUUUAGUAGCUGCAUUAAAAAAAUAAAACAGUGAAAUUAAUUUUUAGUACAUUGUAUUUAAUUCAAAAUAGUCAAAGUCUUAUUUCAAUGUGUAGCACUAGCCACAUUUCAAGUGCUCAAUAUAGCCUUGUCUGACUAGUAACUAUCUUAUUAGGGCAAUAUGGAAUAUUUAUUAAGCACACACUAGGACAAUACAUACAUGGAAGACAUAGACCGAAUAUUUGAGAAAAUUUGCUUUCUGGGGGCUGAGAAAAUGGCCUUAAAAAUAUUUUCUCUUUGGGGUACUUCCUGAUAGAGACCCUUAGGAAUCUACCGGACUACUCUUUAAGUCUGUGAGAAAAUUCCUAAAUCAUAAAGUUAGAUAUUUGGGACUCAUUAACCCAUGUGCAUAAACUUCUGUCCCUUGUCUUGCUUCCCAGCUCUCUUGAAAAUUAUGGUCUUAGUCUUAGGCAAGGAUGAAAUAAUUUCAGAAAGACCCCACAUCCCAAUAGGGCCUAGGAAAAUUGUCAACCGGAGCUGAGUGAUUUUAGUUGGUGAACAAUUUUUUAAAAAUCAGUGACAAAAAUACAGAGCUGCCUGGGGAAUACAAUGCCUGUUGGCUGAGAUUAAUGGCGAGAUUAAUAAAUGGAUUGCUUGAUGAAAAGGCGCAAGAGAACAAAAACCAGUAGAGAUUGUGGAGGAGGCUGCUUAUUAAUGAGCUGUCAGCCCAAAGAAAGUUCACGAAACUCUUCUGUGUUAAAUGCAGCAGGGCUGGCACUUCUAAUAAAAAUUGGGGUCCUUCAGGAAUUAAUUACACCAGCCUUACAGCAAGAAUUUGUGGAAUUGCGAAACGGUAGUGGCACAGACCAGCACGGGCCGCUACUGCAAAUGGAGAAGCUGCAGGAGAAACUAAUCAUGUUUUUUCAUUGAUAUGUAGGAUAUUGUAGUAGCAUAAUAGCCAGUCAGACACGAGGAUGAAUGAUGGGGUCCAGAUAGACACUGACUAAUGAAAGGACACACAGUUCGAGUUUGAAGUCACUUCACGUUUCAUAUGUAAAAUUCCCUCCUGGAAUCUGAUUUUCCCCUUAUCCUGUGUGCCCGCCACGAAGGAGUUCCAAAUCAUUUUCAGAGUGAUUAUGUGGACAGCAGAGGGACUGGGCCAUGAUUUAUCAAGCUAUGCCUAGAGGGAGCACGGUGUCCAUUUAUUCCAAGUUGCUGCAAUCUCCCUUACCCCCUCCACAAGUUCCCAGUUUGGCUAGCCUGACAAUACCUUCUCUUAAUUAAAAUGUGGUGUUGCCCCUGCCCAAUGAAGCAACUCAAAGGCAUGCCAUGACAAGACAGAGGUUGUCUAGGUUUGGGGUCUGAUACCACAGAGUAGAUAUUGAAAGCUUCUCUCUCUUUGCCGUGAAGGUAGAAUGAAGGUAUUCCUCUGUAAUGUGUUUAGACCAAGGGUUCGCAGACAACCCAUUCAUCUCUAGGUCUCAAAUUUCGUAAUUGACCAUGUCGGUUCAGGACUAAAUGUAUUCCUAUCACAGCUUGGUAAUUAAGGAGAUUUCUGCUCAUUGAUUUAUGUGCCGGUUUUCUAGGAGUGAGAUAACUAUAAGAGGAGAGGAGAGAACAAUUUUUGGUUGGUUUACAUGAGAGUGUACUUUCUCCUGUGGAGUCUUAAUGUAAAUGAUCAGAGAUUGUUUUCCUUCUUAGAACUUUCUAGAACAAGGGCUGGGGCCUUUUUUUUUUUUUUUAACUCCAUUCAACUUGUACUAGGGUGAUAAAAUUUCUAGAGAGUGAUUCCUUCAGUUGUACAUAGACUUUAUCAUCCUCUUCCUUUUGCUUGUCACAUCCUUGAGUAUUAGACCAUCCACCACACAUCACUCUUUGACUUUUUAGACCCUCAUAAUCCACAUGAUACUUAUCCUUUUGAUUAAAACAACUUAAUGGCCUUUUCACGAAUAAUUAAUCUGCCAUCUUUUUACUUUCAGCUCCAGGCUUUUAACUUUAAUGUUGAGUUAUCCAGCCUGUGUUGCCUUUCAAGAGUUCUACUCCCUUUAGCCUCUUCCCCUGAAAGGUUUAAUACCUCUUUAGAAACUUGUGUUUGCUGUACUCAGGUUUUUAAAAGGCUUCCAGAUUACUCUCACAUCCUUUCUGCUGUGUGUGAAGUGAAUAACUGUGCAGGAAUCAGUGGGGUGAGGUGAAAAUCGUUUCAGACUCCCAUAUUCUGUCAUUUUGGAAAACAUGAAGGCUUUCGUUGCAAAAUAAAGUGACAAUUUAUACCAAAUGACCUCCCAGCUUGAAUGCAUGACCUGGAAUCAGAUGAACUUAGGAGCCACCUUAAAGGGAGUUGCUGCUGGGAGCUCCAGCUCAGUGAAAUGGACAGAAGGGCAGAGCAACCACGGCACAGGGUAUGAGAGUGAUAACCACACCACGCCCAUCCUCUGCGGUGCCCAGUACAGAAUACACACUCAUGGCGUCUUUAGGGGCAUUCAGGAUGUGCGACGUGUGCCCGGAGUUGCCCCGACUCUUGUCCGGUCGGCAUCGGAGACCAGUGAGAAACGCCCCUUCAUGUGUGCUUACCCGGGCUGCAAUAAGAGAUAUUUUAAGCUGUCACACUUACAGAUGCACAGCCGGAAGCACACUGGUGAGAAACCAUACCAAUGUGACUUCAAGGACUGUGAGCGAAGGUUUUCUCGUUCAGACCAGCUCAAAAGACACCAAAGGAGACACACAGGUGUGAAACCAUUCCAGUGUAAAACUUGUCAGCGAAAGUUCUCCCGGUCUGACCACCUGAAGACCCACACCAGGACUCAUACAGGUAAAACAAGUGAAAAGCCCUUCAGCUGUCGGUGGCCCAGUUGUCAGAAAAAGUUUGCCCGGUCAGACGAACUAGUCCGCCAUCACAACAUGCACCAGAGAAACAUGACCAAACUCCAGCUGGCGCUUUGAGGGGUCCGACCCGGGGACAGUUCUGUGGCCCAGGCAGGACAGUGUGUGAACUGCUUUCCAAUCUGACUUUAAAGUUCCUCCACACUCACCUCUCUAAGAAGGAAAUGGCAGGUGAUCUUCAUCCAGCUUCCAAGACAAGAUGCCUGUACCACUGGAUCCUACCAGGUUUGCCCGGAGGAGUUGGGCUCUGCUUUGCCUGCUUUUAGUCAGCUCGAAGGCCCUGGAGAAGUGGCUAACAAUGUCCAGUUAGUUAAAAGCCCAUCUCUGCCAUUUGGUCUGGAUUUUCACUGUAAGAAGAGCCGUUGUUGAUAAUGUCCCCCCGCCCUCUUCUUCUCCUUUUACGUUCUUUUCACUAGGAAUGGAGUCAUUGUACCAUUUUCCAUCAUAGAAUAUUUAUAGGCCAGGGCAUGUGUAUGUGUCUGCUAAUGUAAACUUUGUCAUGGUUUCCAUUUACUAACAGCAAGAAAUAAAUCAGAGAGCAAGGCACCGGGGGUGAGUCCCGUCCGACAUUCCGGAGGUUAGGCAGGCCGCUAACCUGGAAGGCAGGAUGUAGGACUACCAUGCAACUUUAAAAAUUUCGUGUGUUUCAAGCAGCUGAAAAAAGAAUCCGAACUAACCAGUACCUCUGUAGAGAAACCUAAAAGAACUUUUCCGUUCAGUUAAUACAAUGUUAACAUUAGCACAAUGCUGUUAAGAGACUGUGCUUGAAGGUCUGAGAUUUUGGUUUUGUUUAUUUUUGACUUUUUAGAGCGGUAAUCCUAUGCAUCUUCAGAGAUGUACAUAUUUCCUCACACAAAAAAAGUGGGAUUCAUUAUUAUCAUUUGGGGUGUCCUUUGAGUGUACCGACCACGCUGGUUAUGUGGCUUCAAGUUGUAAAAAUUAAAGUGACUCUGAAAGAAAAUAGGGCUGGUCCAGGAUCUCCACUGAUAACUUUGAGUCUACCAGUGUAUGUGAAAAAAAUGAGACUGGUGUGAGGAAAUCCAUUGUUUAAAGGUGGUUGGGUGUGUGUAUGUGUGCGUGUGUGUGUGUGUGCAAACGAGGGUGUUUGUUAUUUACUGUUGCUUGAACUUAUUGUGUAAAUAAAAAUACUGAUAAUGAUUUGCUCUUUGACAACUGAAGUUAGGAAAUGUAUAAAUGUUAGAUGCAUCACUGUUUUGGUGUUGAUCUUACAACGUAUCAAUGAUAACACUAAAAAUGUAACCUGCAUUUUUCACUUCGCUCUCAAUUAAUUAAAGUCUAUUCGAAAGGAAA